AGGGGAGUCAUCCCGUCAGACCAAAAAACCUGAAUCCGCAAGUAAAAUGCCCCUCUUUCGGCGCCAGAGUGAAAAAGGCAGAAAACGUCAGCAGGACCUGGAGUUGCUGGUAGUAAAUCUUUAUUUGCCCCUUUGAUAAACCUCAAUCUAAAAAUGUUCUUUAAUUAUAUUGUGAAGAACAGGAACAUCUAUAUGGAACUAAUAGAACACCGUCUUAGUGAAAAGAUACUUUUAUUAAGUACUAAAACAUCUUCACUUUUCACCUUAGAAUAAAUUUCUUUCCUCUCACUCUAAGGGGAUUUUGAGCCAUUUUCAACUAAUGAUUUUUUAACACCACAAAUAGACUGUACAACUGGUCCAUAUUAAAAUUGAUGUUUGAAUAAAGUCCUUUGAGAUGCUUUAAACAAACAUCUGUGUAAAAAAACUAAAGGGGUUGGAGAAUAAAACCCAAUUUGUACAUUCAGUGCUCAUCCCAUGACUGGGGGUUUAGGUGAACGCUCUGGGAAUGCUACUUCUGUGUUUCAUCUCAGGCCCGGGGGAUAUUUGACCUACCUCCAAAUGUAUAGAUAGGAUAUGGGGUUAACACUGUAAGUUUGUUUGCAGGCCCAGCAAGACCCAGAGCCCAGGUUUGACUUGUCAUCAUGUGAACUGGCUGAGGUAUGUCAUCACAUUGUUUAAAUGUGGUAUUGAAUGCAAAACAUUUGUGGUCUCGAAUUUGUGUGUAAAUGAAUGUUUAAUUCAGUGUGUUAUAUUACAGCAGUGUCAUAAUUUUUUUUUAAAACAUUGGAAAUUAAAAUGAGAUGGAUACCUUAUAAAUAUAUAUAUAUAUAUAUUUAUUCUAAAUACCCUUUCUUCUGUUUCUUGAACUUAAACCUGUGUUAUUAUUUUUCUAAUUGAAGGUUCCUUCAGGUGUCUAUGCUAUCUGCCGUGUCUUACAGAAGCAAGUAAGUUGCAGUUAGUGCCCUGGCUUAUUUGUUGUUGGUACCUAUUUGACUUCUGGUGUCAGCAGUGCAAGAAACGGAUCUGUUACUUUGCACUGAAUAACUCAUCAAACUUUGAUUUAAUAAAUAAAAACAACUUUAGAUAAAAAGACAUGCUUCUGUUCUUAUUUAGGUUCUGCUGCUUCAAGAUAACUGGCUGCAAGGUCUUGGUGGAGGGGGAAUAAUGAGUGAUUUAAGUCUUAUUCGUGUAAGUUUUUUGGUUUUUAAACUAUGGUUAUUUGGAAGAGCCAUUAUACUGGUUUGCUCACAAGAAAGUAAAAAACCAAAAAGGAUAGAAUUGAAUAUUUGUUACAAUGCUUUUCUAAAGGCCAAGACGUAUUUGUGCCACUUCUCAGCAUUGAUUGAACAUUUUAGUUAUUAUUUUAUUGCAUUUAACGAGCUAGUCAGUCUCUUGACAAACAAUAAAAUAAAGCACAGGUUAAAGCUUUCAAACUUCUUACAAAUUCUUACAUUUUUUUUCUUCUCCCCAACAGGUACUAGAUCUUCACAAUAAUGAAAUCAAAUCCCUGCCUGAAGACUUUGGGGCCUUGGUCAGUCUACAGGUAGGUGUGUGCAGAUGUGAUGGACAGGAGAAAGAACCUAAUUAAAAAUGAUGAUAAGAUAGCAGAGUUGUUUAACUUUCAUUUAUGGUAGCUGUUGCCUCACCAUCUGGGAUGGGUGAGGAAAGACUUUUGUUUUGUUUUUUGUUCUCACUAAGCUUUUCUCCACCACCUACUGUCAAAAUGUAUGGUCCAUGUCUUUUUCAAAUUUAUUUGCAACACCUUUGUGCAAACUGUAGAGAGAGUGUCAGCUUACAUGUAACAAACACACCAUUUCAUAGAAGUGAAUAUUAUCUGUUUACUAUUAUGCUUACAAAAAUUAGAGCGUGUUCCAGCUUAUGAUCACUUGUUAAUUUCACAUUCCACCUAAUAAAAAAUGAUGACCUCCCUUGCAGGUAUUAGAUUUGUCUGGAAAUCGACUCAAAGCUCUUCCCAAAUCCUUUGAAGAAAUCCCAGCCUUACUGACACUAAAUCUACGAAGUAAGAUCAAUGAUUUUAUAAAUCCCAGUCUUACUGAAACUAAAUCUAUGAAGUAAGAUCUAACAUUUUAUAAAGCCCAGUCUUACUGAAAGUAAAUCUACGAAGUAAGAUCUAACAUUUUAUAAAUCCCAGUCUUACUGAAAGUAAAUCUACUAAGUAAGAUCUAACAUUUUAUAAAUCCCAGUCUUACUGAAACUAAAUCUAUGAAGUAAGAUCUAACAUUUUAUAAAUCCCAGUCUUACUGAAACUAAAUCUAUGAAGUAAGAUCUAACAUUUUAUAAAUCCCAGUCUUACUGAAACUAAAUCUAUGAAGUAAGAUCUAACAUUUUAUAAAUCCCAGUCUUACUGAAACUAAAUCUACGAAGUAAGAUCUAACAUUUUAUAAAUCCCAGUCUUACUGAAACUAAAUCUAUGAAGUAAGAUCUAAAAUUUUAUAAAUCCCAGUCUUACUGAAACUAAAUCUACUAAGUAAGAUCUAACAUUUUAUAAAUCCCAGUCUUACUGAAACUAAAUCUAUAAUGUAAGAUAAAGCAUUUUAUAAAUCCCAGCCUUGCUGACAUUAAAUCUACAAAGAAAGAUCAAGUAAUUUUAUCUUUGAGAAGAAAUGAAACUUCCAAAUUUUCUUCCUUUGCGUAAACUGUUAAAGAUAAUUUGAUAAAUGCAACAGAAACUGAGUUAAGUUUUAACUUAAAUCUUUUGAUGUGAACUUCAUUAUCACUCUAUGCCAAAAAUUUCAUUAUUCUUGGGCUGAAAUUACAUUAUUUGAUAAAAUAAAUAAAUAAACAUUUCAAAUUGCAGAUUUAUAAGCCAAUGUGGUCAUAAGUGGUUUUUCCAUAAAAGCACCAUCCAACUCGGUUUUUAUUUAAUUAAUGAACUUGUCUUAAAUUGCAGUCUUGCACAAUUAUUUAAAAAUAAAGAGGUAAAUUAAAAAAUGAAAUGUAGAGCCUGCUCUACUGAUGACUUAGAACCUUCAUGUGUUAAAGAAAAGCAAUUCAUUUUUUGUUCUCCUUACUUAAAUAUAACAUUAUCACUGUAAGUAUUGAGUCAUGGCAUAGAUGGGCAAGUCAGCCCAUGUCAAUCUGGACUGCAAGGUGUUAUAGAGCAGUAUUUGUUAAUGUAUGUUCAGAUCAGUAUUUGUUAAUGUAUGUUCAGAUAACAAGUUCAAGACAUUCCCAGACCCCAUCUGCCAUCUCAAGUGUCUAAGAACUCUGGAUGUUUCCACCAAUGAGAUUGACAGUCUACCUGUUAAGCUCUGUUAUGUCAAGGCCUUGGAGACCUUGAUCUUAGAUGUUGAUAGAAUGAAAAGUCCAGCGCCUGGUCAGUAUACUUUGUAGAAAUUAAAUGUCAUUAGCAAAAAAUGCUUCUGUUUGUGAAGCUGUCUUUUAAUAAUAAAGAGAGGAAUGGAAGAUUUGCGUGAUGCUUUACAUUAUCACUGCUGGAACUGUACAAGCUUGACAAUAGCCAUAACUUGAUAAGGGAAUGAAGUUUCAUCAUUUGUCUGAAUUUGUUUUUAGAAAGAAAAAAAAAAAAAGAUGCAAGGCUGAUAGAGAGUUCAUCUAUUUUCUCAUAGAUAUAUGCAAGAAAAGUACAGCAGCUACCAUGAUGUAUCUGUGUAGCCGUAAGUAUUUACAUUAAAAUGUUUUUUUAAAAAAACAAACCUUAAUCUCUUGCAGUGGGGAGGAAACAAAAAAUCAGAUUUACUUUGAGUUUUGUGUUUCAUCCUAUCAGUCUUGUCAUUUUGCUAAAAAUUAACCAAAUUUGCCAUUUUACUGAGCUAUAAAAUGUUCCUACAAUAGAGGCUGGCAUUGAGUAUGAGCAUCCGUCUAAAUACUGGCUCAAAAUACAGGCAGCCAACAAGGGUCUGAAAUCCUCCAUCAGUGAUGGAUACUUGAAUGUAUCACAGAUAGAAUCACAAAUGAUGGUUAGUUCCCUUUAACAUUGCUAGAUUUAAUACAGUUGUGUAAAAUAUUACUUUAAAAAAAAAAAUAUUCCUUUAUUUUCUUUAAAUAUGAGUUUUCAACAUGCUCUUGAAAGAAACUCAUUAUUAAAACAUUUUUUGUUAUUGUUGUUGUUGCAGGAAGGAGUACGGGCUAACCAAGUUGUCCUUGUAAGUUGUGUUUUUUAAUAGAUUCUGUAGAUGUUAUCAGUUAAUUUGACUUGUAAAUUUUAUCAGUUUAGUUGUCUUGUAUGCUGAGAAUAACAACAUGAGUUGGUACUGACCUUUCCAUGAACGAUGUCAAAUGAAGGAAAGAUUUAUUAUAACAGUUUUGAAAUUGAUCUGUUAGCUGCCUUAUUCGUGUGUUUUGAAAGUCAACAUUUGCCAUGUGAAUUUCCAGGAUCAGAAGAGGAAAGACGCAGAGGAGCUGGAGAGAAUCUUACAGUCAGAACAAGAAGCUCAGGCUCAGCUGGCCGCACAGGCAGCUUACGACCACAGAUUGCUGCUGUCUUCUAUCACACAGGUGUUGUGGGCAGAUCAGUUUCAAAAGUUUCGACUUGUUUGUUCUAAUCACCAGCGUGUACUAGACGUUGUAGCAGAUAUUGGAAUUUCUAGUGGAUACAAGAAAUUGUUGUAGAUAUUGAAAAUUGUAGUUGAUUUUGGAAAUGAUAGUAGAUAUUGAAAUUAGAGUUGGAAAAGGGCAUUGUUGUAGAUAUUGGAAAUGAAAGUAGAUUUUGGAAAUUAUGGUAGAUAUUGAAGAUUUUAGUAAUUGGAAAUGAUAGUGGAAAUUGGAAAUUGUAGUCGAUCAUGGAAAUUGAAGUAGAUAUUGGAAAAUGAAAUAGACAUUGGAAAUUGUAGUAAAUACUGGAAUUUUUUUUUUGUAGACAUUGGAUAUUGUAGUAUAUAUUCAAGACCUUUGCAAAUUUUGGAAAUAUAUAAUUCUAAUGCUUAUAUUUUAAAUGUUUUCAUUGAUAUAUUUGACAGAUAUUGUACAUAUAAGCACUUAAUACUCUUUGAUUAUACCACCCUUACUUGUGUGUUUAUUCUAUUUUAUUGACUUACAUAUGACAUUUUUCAUGUGGUCAGAACACAGAACAAGAUACCCAGGACCUUGAAUACCUCAACAGCAGAAAGGACAAAGAGAAGGAGGAGUUUCUCAAGGAUCUCUAUGACAGUAAGCUGAGUAACAUGAAGGGAGUUUGGGGGGCAUGGAUUCAUUUUUGAUAGUUCCACUAAGAGGGAAAUCAGUGAAUUUUGGCUUUUAAUGGCGCCCACAUCUGCCAGCAUGAUUGUCUGGGAGAGGAAAGAGUAUUAGCUCACAUUUUGAAUAAUAAGGUUGCUCUGUGUCUUUGAUUUUUAAUGUUCGUGUUAGGCCGGGGGGGGGUGUCCCUCUAGUGAAGGUAUAGAUGCGGCUCUUUUUUCGUACUUAUUUAUGAUGCCUGUGGCAACCAAAAUAUUUUCCUCACAGAUGUAACUAAUAGAAAUGGCUCCACAUUAAAAAAAAAAUGUUUUGCAGACCCAUGGGUUAAGUUUUUAAUGUUUGUUUAAAAAAAAAAGAAAAAAAAAAGACUCAUCUCCUUUAGAAUUUAGAGAUUUGGAAGUUUUGCAAAAAUGCUUCAAGUAAAAUGAAAAAUAAUCAACAUUGCCCUUUGUUUUUUGGUCAGUCUGUUGUUUAAAUCUGUUGCUGCUAAAUUGUGGGAAUGUUAAUCAAAGAAAUCUCUGACUAAUUCCUGGCCACUCUUUACCCAGUUGAGAAUGGUGCUAGCAGCCUCCUGUCACAGAUAUUGGACUACAAUGCCAAAGCCAAGGAGACCGAGAAGCUGUUAGAGAUGAUGGAGGAAGAGAGGUAACUAUGGGAACGUUUUGUAAUUUUUUUUUUAAAGAAGUUUCUAAAUUUAAGGGAGAGAAUGCAAGUUGAGGUGGUAAAACUUGAGUUGAAGAGCAGCAGUGGAUCCUGGAAAUAACAAACCAUUGAAUAGCGCUGCCCCUGGCAUAUACUCUAACUGACCCUGGCACCAAAUGAUUUCUUUACACUGCCUCAGCAUAACUGCACAUGAUAACCAUAGUUUUAACAUUUUUAACAUACAAUAAAUUUCCAUUUUUGGUUGAGGAAAAUGAGACUAUAAAUUUUUUGAAAAAAUCUGCAUUUCUGUUUAUAUUUGUUGUUUUUUUAAAGUUUAAACAUUGGCAAGUUAAAAGUUGAAACUUUUUGAAUUGUCAGUUUAAAUUUUUAAACUUAGUAGUGUCAUAGAAAAUAAUGAAAAAUUCGACAAAAUUGUAAAGAAAUUUAAUUUCCUUAGAAUGAAAGAAGAAGACUGGCUGAAAGUCAGGUGGGAAGAGUUACAGAACAUUCGUAAAAAAGAAAUCCUGGGUAAGCAAAUGAAUUCUGCUAAAUAAUUACUGUUACAAGUUAUUGUUCGAAUUUAUUGUAAUUUUUUUUUGUGUGGACAUUAGUCUCCCAGCUUACUGGCUUUGAGUUUGCUUAAAACAAUGAAACAAAAGCUGACGCCAACUGGUGUUAUUUGUGCUCUGUCAUUUUGUAUUGUGUGGUGGUACGUUUCAGACAACAUGAAGACCAUGCUAUUGGAGUUUGCCAGCAUGGAGGCCGCCAGGGAGGAUCUGAGACUCUUCAAAGAUGAGGUUCUAAGAGAUGCCAUAGACGAGUGAGUUGUUUGGUCGUUAUACUCUGGGUGUCGCUCUGUGUCCAGUUGACUGUGUCGAUAUCUCUUUUAGGCUCCUAACGUUUUUCAGUGGUUUGUUGUGUUGGAUUCUUUGAGUAGGUAUAGGCCCAGGACCACGGCACAUUUUGGUGUUUGGGGUUUUCAUGAGUCAAGACCACAGUGUUAACUUUAAUGCAAUAUAUAUAAAACUUUAUUUCUGCUGUUCAUUUGGGUCACUUGCAGAAUAUGUGAGUAAUUGGUGAAUCAAUAUGGAGUGCAGUAAUCCUUAGGCAGUUCAAUGUCCUUCAUUUAUUUUCUUCACUAUCAAAGCAUUUUUGGACAACAAAUAACACAGGCUUAGGAAUGGGAUAUUUAUGCCCAAUACCUGUUUCCAGAUUUGGGAUUAGGAAUGUGAUAUUUAUGUCCACCACCUGUUUCCAGAUUUGGGAUUAGGAAUGGGAUAUUAAUGUCCACUUCCUGUUUCCAGGACUGGGAUUAGGAAUGGGAUAUUUAUGUCCACCACCUGUUUCCAGAUUUGGGAUUAGAAAUGGGAUAUUUAUGUCCACCACCUGUUUCCAGAUUUGGGAUUAGGAAUGGGAUAUUUAUGUCCACCACCAGUUUCCAGGACUGGGAUUAGGAAUGGGAUAUUAAUGUCCACCACCUGUUUCCAGGACUGGGAUUAGGAAUGGGAUAUUAAUGUCCACCACCAGUUUCCAGGACUGGGAUUAAGAAUGGGAUAUUUAUGUCCACUUCCUGUUUCCAGGACUGGGAUUAGGAAUGGGAUAUUUAUGUCCACUUCCUGUUUCCAGGACUGGGAUUAGGGAUGGGAGGCUGAAACCUAAUUCUUGUGUCCAGCUCUGCUUACAAUGACAUAUUCGUUGUCUUCAUGCUUCAAGGGAGAACUUCAGUGCUGGUCAGAUGCACAGUUUGAUGGACUACAAGGACCUAGAGAAUAAGAAAUUGGUUUCCAAGCUGGCAGAGGAGGUGAGAGUUUUAACAUUUUUGUAUUGAGAUCCGUGCUUAACUUUAGCCAGGUAUAUCAUUUUUAUAAUAAAUAUUCCCCUUCCAGAAGGCAGAAUAAAAUAUUAUUUCAUAGGUUUUGUUAACCUUGCUAACUACUUCAGGAUUAUGAAAUACAAAAUUAGUAAUUAUGACUUAUAAUUAACAGUUGUUGAUCAGAUAUCUAAAAUCUGCUCCAUAUUCCUUGCACAAACUCAGAGUUCAUCCAUCUCUAUUUUCCACUACAGGAAGAGUUACAAAAGACAGCAUUUGAGGCCCUGCUGAUCUCACAGGACUCUGCUCACUCACGUAUUCGUGCCCAGAUUGCUCUGAUUGAGUCUGAACUUGCCCAGCUCACAGCUGUGGAGAUGGAUCAGAGGGCCAGGCGCAUGGAGCAUGAGUUUGUAUGUUGUUGUCAAUGUUGUAUAUUGACAAUGUUAUAUGUUGAUGACAAUGUUGCAUAUUGAUGACAGCACUACAUGUUGAUGACAGUGUUGUAUGCUGAUGACAAUGUUGCUUGGGGAUGACAAUGUUGUAUGUUGAUGACAUUGUUGAAUGUUGAUGACAAUGUUAUUCCAAUGACAAUAUUGUGGUUUUCAUGAGUGCCUGCUGUCAAAAAGUUUAAAGUUGUUUCAUUUUCUAUUCAUUAACAUCUGGCCAUGGAUGAAAGUAUUGUGAUUUGGAUUGUAUCAGGCCAAAAUCUUGUGUGGAAAAGAACUUGAAUUGAACCCAUAGCAGAGACCUCCAAGUGAUUAUCUGGUUAUAUAAUGAAUAUUUCCUGUUGGCAGAAUGUUGUGGCUGAUCAGAGAGUGGCAUUGUCUGCCAUGUUGUCUCAGCUACUGGAGGAGAAAGAGAAAAGAAAGAGGGAGCUAAAGAAGAGAUUGGUCAGUUUAAACUUUGAUUAUAUUUUUAGUUUAUUUUUAAACUGCAUUGCAUUUGAGGAAAAUAUGUUAAGAUUUAUUUUGAUUUUAAAUACUGUACACUAUCUUAGUGAUUAAUCUUGAAUUUGAAUGUGAAAUAAGCAAAUAGCAUUUUCAAUGUUUUUCCCUAGCUAAAACCGUUACGUUUUAAUUUUUAAAAUUACAACGAAAAGUAACUUCCUCUCAAAUUGUUAAAUUUUGUUCUUAAAAAUCUAAAUAUGAACAAGGUUUAUCUUUCUUUUUGUUAUAAUUGAUGUUGAUGCUGAUCAGAUCGAGAUGGAACAACAAAGGGAGGACGGUCAACAAGAUUAUUGGCUAGCACAAUACCAGAGGUUGUUGGACUGGAAGCCACAAGCCCUCAUCGACCGGGUGAGUGGGCGGGUGGGGCCGGCACGGCUGGAAGCUGGAGAGAAGAAUGAAAUGAUAACUCUGCGGUUGACUUCCCCAUCAUGGGAUACUGGGGGGUAGUAAUGGGUAGUUGAGCGGGGUGGGUAUGUGACUGGAGCCUAGGUCUAGAAUAUGAGGAAACUUUCCUGUCUGUCAGGGGAAUUGAGCCAAAUUUGAAAAAAUGAACAAUGAAGGGCUAAAAUAGGUGUCAACCUGUAUGUGUUAAGGAAUAAUAAUAAUCUAUUUUCACUGGAUUAGUUAUACUAUACACAACUUUUAAACCUUCUGUCUUCUAUAAACUAAUGGAGAGCAAUUUUUAAUAUAUAGAUAUAUAAGACUGUCUUUUGUCAGUAAUUUUAAAAUUUUAGAGAAGUUUGUUGUAUUCUUAAGUUAAGCUGGUUGGAAGGCUUUGGCAUGCUGGUAUUGCAGAUUACUGUAAAUAUAACAUUAUCAUAUUUGUAGAAUCAACACCUCUGCCAACUUUGUAUUCUGACUUAUUUAAUACAAGAUAAAUAUUUUGAAUUUUAAAUAUAGGGAAGAUGAAUUCCAACAAAAUAUUGACUGAAUUCAUAGAAUAUUUAAUUAUAAGCUGGUGUCCUAAUGUUUGACCAAUUAGUUGUCUAAUGUAUUGUUCUAUCGAGUGUAUAAUUAGUUUUUCUGUUAGUCGUCCUAUUAGUUGUCCUAUUGAUAGUUUUAUUAAAUAUUAAACCUUAAAUUGAAUCUCCUAAUCAGGAGAGCCAGCUUGAGAUCGCAGUCAAAGACAUCCUCGUCACAUCUGGGGCCGAGGACUACAUUCCCUUGUUUGCACGGCAUCGCAUCACCAUAGAAACCAUGAUGACCCUAACAGACCAAGACCUGAGUCAGAUGGGAGUGCACGAGAUGGGGCUCAGGAAAUCUAUUCUUAAACAUCUGGGUCACCAGGAGAAAACUGUCAUGGAUGAAUACAGAGAGAAGAAUAGGGUAAGUCUUUGUCCAAACUGUGAGCGGGAUACAGAUUUUUGGGUGGAAUUUCUGUCUUUUUUGUUAGACUUCAAUUUCUCAGUCAAAUAAUCUUCAAAUUACCAAAGAUCUCAUUUCAGGUGAUCACUGUGUUCACAUAACUCAACUCAGCUUUUCGUAAUUUCUUUGGCACUUACCCUGGUUUUAAGAGACUCAUUAAAAAAAAUCUUAAGACUGUGUAGGACUACUAAAGCUAGAUCAACAAAAGUAGAUUAUAAAGAAAUAAUAUUAAAAAAAAAAGAAAAAAAGAGCACUUGUCAAGAUAUAUUAAAGGGUGCAGGUCAACAAUUUAGGAAAACAUUUUUUUCCUAAUAUUAACUUACUUAGAGAUAUAACAUUAUAUUGUUAAAGAUAUAAAAAUCAGAUUAAAAUAGUUAUUUAAUAGCUACGGGGUGUAAAAAUAAUUAUUAUUAUAUCUAAUUUAAUUAAUAAUUUCAAAUCUAACAAUCAGAGACAUAAGGCGAUGUUACCUUGGAUAAUGAUAGUGCAGCUCCAGUUUCUUAAUUUGUUCAUGUUUAUUUCAUCAGGAACAGUUCAUUCCACCCCACGAGAUCCAGCCGUCAGCACCACCUCGUCCAGAAAUUCCCAAGCAGCAUUCCUUGCCACCGGCUCUGCUGGAGAGACAGCUGUCAGUCACGGCCAGGGGACUUAAUUCAGAGUGUGCCGUCUGUCUUGAUAAGCAGGUAAGUAAUUGUGGAACAGCCUGGGCUCAACAUCAGAUUUUUGGUCACAAUAUUACAAACUGGCAGUUUUUUAAGUUUAGGGGCUUUUGAAGGAGAAUGUAAAUAAUUUAGAUUGAAAGAUUAAUGACAGAUGGGUGGUUUUGUGGCAUGUCAUUGAGAAAUUUAAAUUUAGAAAUCUCUGAUGUCUUCUGACAGAUGAUAUGAAAUUUGGAAGUUGUCGAAAAUAUAUUGGCCUACCAUUGGGGGGAUGUUUGGUUUUGGCCAAAUACACAUUUGAGAUAUAUAAUUUCAAGCUGAGGUCUCAUGUCAUAUCUGCUACUCAUUUACAAUUAUUGACUUCUGAGCUCUACUCUGUGUCAACUAUGUUUUAAAAAAUAAAAUAAAAAAAUUAGACUCUUUAUAAGUAUUUAAGCAUAACUUUAUAUCUUUGAUAAUUAUAUUCUAUACAUGAUUGCUUGUUUCUGUCAUUGCCUGAUGUUUUCUCAUUCAAUCAUUUUCUUUGUGUUUUCCCCAGUCUACUAUAAUAUUCCUGACCUGUGGCCAUGUCUGUUGCUGUGCUGCCUGUGCCCUACCCAUCAAAGAAUGUCCACUGUGCAGGGCGGUCAUUUCAGCAAAGAUAAGAAUUUCUCUUCCCCCAUCUUGAUUCCCGAACCAUUACCGCAGUGAUGUAUUUAUUUUAAUUCAAAUUCACAUCCACAGUAACAUUCUUCUUAUAAUGAAUGAAGUAAACUUGAAUAAUCUUAGUAAUAUUACAUUGCUUAAGAAAACUGAACAAAUCUGUCUCUGAACUGUUGUGUUUGAAAGUUCCGCCAUUGAUUCUCUUUUUGUCCAAAGCAGGCCAGUUUUUUUGUAGAUUUAAGUUAAGUUUAAGUUGGCUGUCGGUAAGUGAUAUUCUAGACUUGAAGGUGAGAAAUCUGAAAUGUUCAGCUGUGCAAUGUCUUGUGCUCUUUCAUCUUUUAACUAUAAGGUAUGCCUGUUGGCCACCAGGGCAUAGCUAAGGUAUAAAAUGGAGAGAAAAAAUAUGGCUUUUUGGGGGGAAAAUAGAAACAAGUAAACCUGGUGUAUCCAGUGUGCUUUAGAGCUGCUAUAAAUUAUGGGUAUAAUAAGAGCACCUCCCUCCGCCCAAUGUGUUGUUUCUGUUGACCAUUUAGCACAAGUAUUUUCUGAUACUUCCCAUGAUUUUCUGAAUGUAGUAUUAUUAGAAACUAUCUUCUGUGUGGAACCAUCUACACACUCUAGGUUGAUUGAUUUAAUUGUAAUGAGCUGUGCUG